AUGGCGACCGCAGCGUGGACAAUACCAAUCCAAACCCUCAUCGGCCUGGAAAUUGGCGACGAUUUCAACCUGGCUUCUACAUCUGCCGCGAGCCCGGGCGAUGGCCCUGGUACGGCCUAUACCAGUCCGACUCAGAGCCACAAGAGAAAUGCCUCCAUUGCAGGCUUCGACAGCUCCCCCGCGAGCCUUGAGUCACCAGAUCACAAUGGUGAUGAACACAUGCGUGAUGGCAGGCGGAGGCCGGUGAAAAGAGCUUGCAAUGAGUGUCGGCAGCAGAAGGACACCACCUCAUGCCUGAAGUGGUGCGACCGACUUUUCCGCUGCCCCUCGUGGACUGUGCGUCGAAUCACUGUGGUGGUUGUGCCGAGCCCUCACGAUCUCUUCUCCAGUCCAUGUGGCUUCUGUGCUAACAGUGUUUCUCUGCAGCUGCGAUGCGAUGUCGUUCAGGAACCUUUCCAGACGUGUACCCGUUGUAAGCGACUCAAUCUCGACUGCAAAAUCGAGGACAAUUUCAAGAGGAUUGGCAAGAGAUCACGAAAUGCAGAAAUGGAACGCGAGAUCAUCGAGCUGCGCAAGCAGGUGGCUGCACAAAAGCAUACCGCAGGUGUGGCAAACGGUUCGCACACAAAUGGAGGUGCCAAUCUGCAGGUAUCACCCUCAGCAGACGGGACCUUCACUUCAGAUGCUGCCGCCGCAGGGUUACUUGACUUGAGAGGUGGUGGUUCAGGCAGACCCAUCUUCACACGGUUGGAAGAGGUGUCCCUGACCAUCGACCGGGCGCAGGAGCUCUUUCAACGUUUCUUCACGUUUCAUCACCCUUUUCUUCCCUUUCUCAACCCCGAUAGAACCCCCGAAGAAUACUACGCUCGAUCACCUUUGCUGUUUUGGACAAUUAUUUCAGUGGGUGCUCGGCACUACACCCCAGAGCCAGACCUUUAUGGCUCCCUGACUGGACCGGUGAUGCGGCUUGUCUGGUCGUUUAUCGCAGAUGUACCUCAAAACUAUCAUAUUGUUAAGGCCCUCAUCUUACUCUGUGCUUGGCCUCUGCCCACCAGCAGCACCUCGACAGACCCAACCUUCAUGCUCUGUGGAAUGAUGAUGCAGAUUGCCUUACAAAUCGGUCUACAUCGUCCAACGCAUGCUCAAGACUUCUCCAAAUUUCGGGUGGAACUUCGAGAAGUGGAACUACAAGAUCGAGUGGUGGUUUGGAGUGUGUGCAACAUUGUCGCUCAGAGAAUAUGUACGGCAUAUGGGCAGCCACCUCUCAGUAUUUACGAUUGGACUCUUGGACCUAAACCGAUUGAGACCAACCCAAACUACGAACUGCCAGCUCCCAUCUUCAAUCGGUUGCUGAUCGAAAAAUUUGUGGACAAGGUCUCCAGGACGCUUUACAUGAAUCCCCACGAUCCCGUUGGGCUUGCCACUGAUACGGAGCGCCCUACCUACGUUUCGUUUCUCGCACAUGAGCUGGAGGAACUUGAGGACAGGUUACGGAAGGAUACGUCACCAAUAACCAAGGUAUACCUCAAGGCAGCCGCUCUGCAUAUGAGAUUGAGUGCCUUUUUCUCACCGUCCUCGCUGCCUUCAUACCGGACCGACAUGUUAAAGCUAUACUAUGCCACGACUGACUUCCUUGAGACGUGUCUCAGCCUAGAGUCCAACGUCAGUGUGAACCUACCUUCAAGCUACUCACACGGCUUAUCGCUGUCGCAUGCAACGAACUACAUAUUCCACAUGAUGCUCGGCGCUGGCUUUUCCCUUCUCAAACUCAUGCACAACUUUCUGGGCGAACACGAACUCGAUACCAAAGGAGCAUCUGAACUCCUCUCGAGAACGGUGUGGGCGCUACGAAAUAUGAGUGUGGUGGAGAACGAUCUUGCAGAGCGCCUGUCGGAGGUUUUGGCCCAAGUCUGGAAAAGUGGAAGAGUUCGCGCAGAGCCGAAUCGCAACAACAUUGGCGAGGGCGGCCCCGAUGACAGUCUGCAACUCAAGGUCAAGUGUCGAAUGUCCAUGUCUGUGGUGUUUGAUUCGGUGUGGCAGUGGCGGCAAAACUUUCAUUUCCGAGGGGGAAAACCUUCUGAUAGUACGGGUAACCCUAGUUCAUUCGAGGGUGAUGCUGACCGAGCGGCAGUGAGGCAGCGAAAUCCCACCCUCGAGCAACCCGACAAUCAGAUCAUCAUACCGGCAUCAAGUUUGGACUCGAAGCCUACGGUAAACGACCCCAUGUUGGCGAACUCCACCAUUGUGCCUGGUAUGGCUGGGAUGGCUACUGGAAUGGUCGACGACGCCGGGAUGGACUUUGGCGAGGCAAGCUACGAUGUCUUUGAUCCGUUAAACUGGAUGCUGGACGGUAUAGUGGAUUUUCCCUAUAAUUUCAACAGCGUGCAGGGGAGUGAUCUGACGGGCGGGGAUGCACUUGGGGGAGGAUUGUAA